AAGUGCAAGAGGUAUGGACUGUAGGUGCAAGCAAGGAUGACACAAAAGCAGAUUUUACCGUUUACUUGGAUUUAUUUUCUUACACGGUAAUAUGGGGAAAAGGGGCUGGACGGAACCAAAGCAAAGAAAGUAAAUAUCAAAGUUCCCCCUCUCCUAUCUAACCUGCCUACCCACUUAACUUACCUAACUUAGCACCGUCUGGUGCCCUAACCAAAAUACAGGGGGUGGUCCGCCCAGGUCUUACCUAGUGUGCCUAGACAGUAAAUAUACUACGGGUAUAUGUAUGCCCGCGGGCCUCUUGCCUAAGCACUCCCAAAGUGCCUUCUCCUUCCCCCCUGGGAACAAAUGAAACAGAGUAAUUAUUAAUGAUUUCACAAACACUCACAAACACAGGACAUAGAAAAACUGCUACCAACAACAACAGUACAUACCACACUUUCUGAUACACAACCCACACUAUAUCACAAUCUAAUUUUUCUCUCUCAAUCUCCAAAUCUCCAAAUCUCUACUCCAAAUCUCAUCUCCUCCUCUCUCAAUCUCUCUCCUCAUCUCCUCCUCUCUCAAUCUCUCUCCUCAUCUCCCCUCUCCUGGGGCAGAACACUGGCUUUUAUCUUCAGGUGGCAAUGGUGAUUAGUGUCAGCUGCUUCUUGACGAGGGGGCGGGGUCAGCUCCAAUCACCAAUUAGCCUGGGGUUGACCAAUCAGCUGGUUGGGGAGUACUUCAGGAAGCCAUCUCCUGAAACACACACUCAAAUACAAAACAGAACACAGAAACUGGGGAACGUAACAGACCGCUCCCCAUCCAACCUGACAGAGCUUGAGAGCAUCUGCAGAGAAGAAUGGGUGAAACUCCCCGAAUACAGGUGUGCCAAGUUUGUAGCGACAUACCCAACAAGACUCGAUGCUGUAAUCGCUGCAAAGGUGCUUCAACAAAAUACUGAGUUAAGGGUCUGAAUACUUAUGUAAUAUUUAUAUAAAUUGUAUAAAUUUGCACACAUUUCUAAAAACCUGUUUUUGCUUUGUCAUUAUGGGGUAUUGUGUGUAGAUUGUAUUGUGUGUAGACUAUUUAAUACAUUUUAGAAUAAGGCUGUAACGCACAAAAAAGUCAAGGGGUCUGAAUAAUUUCCAAAGGCACUGUAUAUAUAUUUAAAUGAUUACUGGAAAAUCUUGUGUUUGUGUAUUUUACAGGACCGAGUUUACAUAAUGAGUGUAUUGAGAAAGUUAAAUUGCCUAUCAAAUAGUUUUCUGGCCCCUGGGAAGGAACAUCUCUGUGGGAGAAAAAGAAGAAGAGGGAGAGGAAGAAGAGGGAGGAGAAGAGGAGGAAGAAGAACAAGACAGGAGGACUUGUGAGUGCGUCAGAUAUCCUGAGAGAGUUGGCCCAGUUAAAUUUCCCUGCCACAGAUGUCAAACGGUCUUGUUUGCAAAGCCUAGUGUUUAAGUGUGGAUCUGCUAGGCUUCUCUUCUCCUAUCUGGCUGAUCUGCUUUGCUCUACUGCACUAGAAUCACUGAUGAAGAAGCCUACUAGAACCCUGUGUUGCCAGAGCCCUACCCAGAGACAAGAGAAGAGGGUUGAGAUGCGUCCUGUUUGUGCUCAGCUCCUCUUAGCUGCCAUCUUGUGGUCAAUGCCUUACACUGGAGCUGCUGCUGUGCGGAUCCUAUCCAAAUCCAACUGGACCAACCAUCUCCACCUAACUAGACCUGGCUUCGAGUCAGACCCUGACUCUGACUGGAGUAAUCAGAAUCUUACCAGCAUCAGCGUGCCUCGUAUCCGAAGGAGGCGAGCCAUCUCCUCCAGAGAAAUGAAUUCCUUGUUGGAUUAUCACAACCGUGUCCGCUCCCAGGUCUUCCCUCAGGCUGCCAAUAUGGAGAUCAUGGUGUGGGAUGAGCAACUGGCUAAAUCAGCAGAUUCCUGGGCUUCCCGCUGCAUAUGGGAUCAUGGACCCUCACAGACAAUGAGAUAUAUGGGCCAAAACCUGUCCAUCAACUCUGGCAGAUACUGGUCAAUCAUUGAGCUGGUGAGGUCCUGGCAAGAUGAGAAAAACUCCUUCUCCUAUCCCAACACAUGCAGUGGACCAGUUUGUUCCCACUAUACACAGAUGGUCUGGGCCAAUACCAAUAAGAUGGGAUGUGCCAUCAACAAAUGCUCAAACAUGAAUGUGUACGGGAGCUCUUGGAGGACAGCAGUGUUCCUGGUUUGCAACUACUCUAUCAAAGGGAACUGGGUUGGAGAGGCUCCCUAUAAGAAUGGCAAACCGUGCUCUGCCUGUCCAUCAAAAUAUGGAGGUUCAUGUAACAGAAACCAGUGUUCCUUCAGUGGUUCAAAAGCCAAAGCCAAGAAAAGAAAAAGGUAUUAGAAAUACAUCAGUCAUACUUUCCCUGUUAUAAUGGAAGACUUUUAAGAGUUCAUUGUUUCUGGUCAAUUAUUCCAUUCCAUUCAUCUUAACAACAAACAACUGCAAGAGAGGGUAAGUGUGAAAGGUGAAGGAUUUCUAAACAUAAAAAACGAAUCAAAGCACAAGACCUGCUUUUUUCAGCGAUUCAAUUAUAGUACCACUAUUUUUGUGUUUAUCAUAAACUAAUGUUUGAUCCAUCCACUGGAUGUCAGGGAAAUAAUGUUUUCUCCCCCUCGGUCAUGAUGUUGUGAACUUAAAUCUAUGUAAACUCUUGGGUUGCAAAGCUCCAUUUUCUCGCCAUGACACAGAAAGAACCCAGCUACAAAAAACCAGACAGUACUUCUGUUGUAUUCAUUUGAUUAUGUUCUUUUUUGAAAAUGUUAAGAAGAUGAGUGCAAUGUACACUAUAUACAAAAGUAUGUGGACACCCCUUCAAAAUCGUGGAUUCUCUAUUUCAGCCACACAUUGCUGACAGGUGUAUAAAAUCAAGAACAGUCAUGCAAUCUCUCAUUGACUUUCAAUGUGGCACCGUCAUAGGAUGCCACCUUUCCAACAAGGCAGGUCUUGAAAUGUAUGCCCUACUAGAUCUGUCCCGGUCAACUGUAAGUGCUGUUAUUGUGAAGUGGAAAUGUCUAGGAGCAUCAACAGUGAAGUUGUAGGCCACACAAGCUCACAGAAUGGGACCGCCGAGUCCUGAAGUGCGUAUCGCGUUUAAAUCGUAAAAAUUGUCUGUCCUCUGUUGCAACACUCACUACCAAGUUCCAAACUGCCUCUGGAAGCAACGUCAACACAAGAACGGUUAGUCUGGAGCUUCAUGAAAUGGGUUUUGGCCGAGCAGCCGCUUACAAGCCUAAGAUCACCAUGCACAAUGCCAAGCGUCAGCUGGAGGGGUGUAAAGCUUGCUGCCAUUGGACUCUGGAGCAGUGGAAACACGUUCUCCAGAGUGAUGAAUCGCGAUGCCAGGAGAACGCUACCUACCCCAAUGCAUAGUGUCAACUGUAAAGUUUGGUAGAGGGGGAAUAAUUGUCACGACUUCCGCCGAAGUCGGCUCCUCUCCUUGUUCGGGCGGCAUUCGGCGAUCGACGUCACCGUCUUUCUAGCCAUCGCCGCUCCAUUUUUCAUAUGUCCAUUUGUUUUGUCUUGUUCCAUACACACCUGGUUUUCAUUCCCCAAUCAAUCUACAUGUAUUUAGUCCUCUGUUCCCCAUCAUGUCUUUGUCUGUAAUUGUUCAUUGUUAAAGGUGUAUGUUCAGGCGCGAUGCUUUUAUAGUUUAGGUUUCGUGUUUUUGGGAUCUUAUGUCAUUUUUUUGUGCCUAUUGUUGAAAGGAAUAAACGUGCGCCUGUUUACUCUGCUCUCCUUCACCUGACUUCGCCUCCAUUACACAGCCUUAACAAUAAUGGUCUGGGACUGAUUGUCAUGGUUCGGGCUAGGCCUCUUUUAACGCUACAGCAUACAAUGACAUUCUAGACAAUUCUGUGCUUCCAACUUUGUGGCAACAGUUUGGGGAAGGCCCUUUCCUGUUUCAGCAUGACAAUGCACCCGUGCACAUACCGAGGUCCAUACAGAAAUAGUAUGUCGAGAUUGGUGUGGAAGAACUUGAAUUGACUGCACAUAGUCCUGACCUUAACCCCAUUGAACACCUUUGGGAUGAAUUGGAACACCGACUGCGAGCCAGGCCUAAUUUCCCAACAUCAGUGCUCGACCUCACUAAUGCUCUUGUGGCUGAACAGAAGCAAGUCCCUGCAUCAAUAUUCCAACAUCUAGUGGAAAGCUGUCCUAGUUGAGUAGAGGCUGUUAUAGCAGCAAAGGGGGGACCAACUCCAUAUUAAUGCCCAUGAUUUUGAAAUGAGAUGUUUGACGAGAAGGUGUCCACAUACUUUUGGUCAUGUAGUGUAUUUGUAGGCCUAUGCCAAUGUGUUUAAGUCCACAAAUUGUUUGCACUGCUUUUGGUUAAUUAUUUGGCUCUUGAUUGAAAUUUUGCGAAGCUAAAAAUAAGCACUUUUAUAGUUACUGUUUUUUAUUAUUAUUAUUAUUAUUAUUUUAUAACACAUUUGUUUACUGUAGAUUUAAAGACAUUGAUCAUGUUGGUUAUUUGUUCUCUUGUAGACCAAUUCUUUUUUUAAUAACAUUGUAAUACACUUAUUACAGCUCAUGAUUGGCCUGAAUAUGAAAUCACUGUCAAGAAUUAUUUGAAUAAAAAAAAAAGGAGUUUAACUCAGUAGUGGGUGUUUAAACCUUACAGUUCCAGGUUGCUUUUCACUUAUAUCUGUAUUAAAAGGAGAUUGUCUUCCUAUUUCUUCCUUGCCAAUCCCAUCUUAAUAUUAAUGUACCUAAACACAGCAUGUCAGCAUAGAUAUUAUAAAUUGGAAACAAUGACUGGCUACAUGUGCAUGUUAUCUCAAAUGGCCCCUGGCCUGCAUCUGUGCUCAUUU